GUCGCGUUUGCUCAACGCCCCAAACGCAACUCAUUCAUCCAUUUCAACCCUUUGUCAUCACCUUCGUCGUCGUCUAACCCAACGAGCACGUUGAAUUGCACAUAUUCAAGAUGUCUACAACCAGGUUGCACCAUCACCCGUCUCUUCCCGCCCCCGUCGUUCACGCUGGCUUCUCCGCCCACCAGUCCAAGUCCCAUGUCCUCGCCGGUGUGCAGGACGCGUAUUGGAGUGACGAUGACGCCGAUGAUGCAGAUUGUCCGCUUUGUCUUGAAGAGAUGGAUAUUUCAGACCUUAAUUUUAAGCCGUGCGUCUGCGGGUACCAGAUUUGUAGAUUCUGUUGGCAUCAUAUCAAGCAGAAUCUCAACGGCCGCUGCCCCGCUUGUCGCCGUGAGUACACCGAUGAAACUGUUCAGUUCAAACCUAUUGCGAAAGAAGACCAUAAACGCCUGACCCAGCAGAAGAAGCAACGUGAACGCGAGCGCAAAGAACUUGACGCCCUUGGUAGGCGCCAUCUCGCCAAUGUCCGCGUCGUACAGCGCAACGUUGUAUAUGUCGUCGGUAUUGGUCCUCGAUUUGCAAAGGAGGAGCUCAUCCCCACCCUUCGCUCGAAUGACUAUUUUGGGCAAUAUGGCAAAAUCUCCAAGAUUCUACUUGUCAAGCGUACAUCAUCAGGGGGUGGUGCGCCUAUUGUAGGACUCUACAUUACGUAUCAUCGGCGCGAAGAUGCCGCACGUUGCAUCUCAACCGUUGACGGUGCCCCAAGCCCAGGAGGAGGCCGAGAGGUCAUGCGUGCCAGCUAUGGGACGACCAAGUACUGCAUGGCAUUCCUCCGUGGCGUAUCAUGUACUGAUCACACCUGUAUGAAUCUGCAUGAAUGGGGAGAUGAGAAAGACUGUUUUACGAAGGAGGAUCUGACAACGCUGAAGCAUACUAUCAAGGACACAGAAAGCAGGGGGACCAAAACUGGGGAUGGCCUCCCGCGCACUGCAGCAUGGGCUAAACCUGCCACUCCGACGCCCAGCAGCACGAUGCCCACUGCUACAGUUGCUCAGCGUCCCCGGCGUGGUGGUCAGCGACAGGCGCGUACACCACGCCCACAGCAUGAUCGCAAGGUCGGCUCAGGCGGUGGAGGGAGUACGAAAACACCCUCCAUCGCGUCUUCGUCUCGGCCCCCGACGCCCGCUGUCUCCCCGCGUCCCCCGACGCCACCUGAGGUCAAAACUCUCCGGGCCAAAGAACCAGCACCGCUUCCGCCGACUUCGCCCUCACCGUCAAUGGCAGUCGACUCGGAUGAUGUAGGCUCCGGUAGUCAGGAUGUACCACAAAGUCCGCCGCGCCCACGCUCCACGGAGAGUGUGGAUAGUAUACCGGCUGUACCUAUUUCUCUGCCGUCAGGUUUACCAGAUGCCCCACCUGGUCUCCCGCCUCCGACUCGUACAGCUAAGGCGGAGUCCGUUCCUGCGUCAGGUCUUCAAGCACUACAAAUGUCUGGGGGAAGCUAUCAAAUGUCCACCGCUGCACAAGCGCUACUUGAUGACGUCAAAGCGCGUCGCGAGGCGGUGCUUUCAAGCACACAAGUAAGCGUCUUUCCCGAUUUUGAUCGCACGCUACGUAUGCUCUCGGGGAGCGAGGGUGGGUUCAGUUUCAAUCUGGACCCAAAGCUUGCAGACGUAAAUGUAAAUGCGGAGGGAGAGGCAGUAUUAAAUGCGCUUGAAGCUGAGGCUCGCGUACCUUUCGCUGGUGGCUUUAUGGACGCAUUCCCUGCGCUCAAGCCACAAGCACACUCUCACACACAUCAAGUGCCAACCAUGUACCCUCAUAAUCCCGCCCGCUCCAUUUAUGACCCCCUCACGAUGCGUGAGAGCUAUCUUGGGCCAUUUAAUCCCUUCGGAGAAACAGAAGGAUCCUCGACUAGUGGUGGUGCGCGCAGUUCGCCGUCGUACCCCGAUGAAGAACGGAAAGUUUCAAGAUUUGGAUUCGCACGGGGGAGGCAAGGCUCAACAGCUGCGAGCUCGCCCGUUCAUGUGGCAUCGCCAUUGAGUGCGAGUGAUAGUCAUCACUCGUUUUUCACGGCUUCGGAAACUCCUGCUAUGACAUCGUCGCAUUGGAGUCACGGAGGACAUGGAGAGUAUGCAGGAUAUGCCACCAGUUCUCCACUUGUGCAGCAAGCGCAGAUAGUGCAGUCGCCCCCGCAGCAGCACGCGCAGCCACAGACACAACCGACACGCUUUCAGCCAUUCGACACGAGUGUGAGCGUGAGUGAAGCCCAGCUCCGUGAGCUGAUCCAGUCGAGCAGGGAGCGUGCUGGCUCGAUGCAAAUGCAUAACGCUAUAGCUGUUUCAGAUCAACCUCAGUACCAGUUUGCGCCUUUCAGUGACCCCGCAAUCAUGUCAGCACGUUUCGCUUCGCCCGUAUUAUCCUCCGCAAGUCUCUCGUAUGCUGGUACACCAGUAAUUGCGACCACAACACCAGCUACUACAGCUGCACACGGCCCCCCGCCGGGCCUAGCAUAUCCAAAUAUCACUCCUUCAGUUUCGUCCUCGCCUUCGCCAGUCCCAAUACUGUCGUCUGCUGAUUUUCCCGCCUUGAACGCCGAUGUACUUCCUACGCCUGAUGCACAGCCUUCCGAGACAUCAUCCCCCGCCGAAGGUAGUAAGGAACAGGCCAAAGCAGAGCGCAAGGCGGCAAAAAAGGCGGCGGCGGCGGAGCGUGCGCUCGAGCGCCAGAAGGCAGCCCAAGAGAAAGCAGCUGCAAAGGCCACUGAGAAGGCCCGGAUUGCGCAAGAGAAGGCUGUGGAGAAGGAGAAGCUGGCGAAGGAGAAAGAAGAGCGAGAGAAGUUAGUACGGGAGAGGGCGGAAGUAGAGAGGGUGGAGAAGGAGAGGCAGGCACAAGAGAAAGCGGCUGAGGAAGAGACAGAGAGAGCUCUCAUAAAAGAGAAGGAGAGGCAAGCCCUGGCUGAGAAGACUCGAGCUGAAAAAGCAAGGGCAGCCCAGGUCAAGGCUCAAAAAGCCGCCAAGUCUGCAUUGGCGAUCAAAGCCACGAAGUCUGCAGGCUCCUCUGGCCAGGUGCCUGCUACUCCGACUACUAAGCAAUCCCCCGCUCCAUCUAAGGCAUCUGAACCCGUGGAACAAGCACCCAUACUGUCCAAGAUGCCGAAGAAGAACAAACCCGUCGCUCGUCCAAUCAAGGUCCCGAAGGAGGAUGAGAUUGCUCUUGGAAAUGCGUCGGCUGCACCAUCGAUUUCGGUUUCAGAAUCUGCGAAUUUUCCACCUUCCAAGACCACAAAUACAGUCGUCUCUAGCUCGAACAGCUCGAGGGCACAGUCUGUGGACACGUCCUCUCCUGUAGAACCUGCCUCACUUGCUGAUUUGCUCGACGACAUUGACGUGAGGAAUCCGAGCAUGGAUCUUCCCAACCAUCCCUUCUUUGACAUAGCAAAGAUCAAUCCCGCUGCCAAGAUGCCUCUUGAAUAUGGUCCUCUAGUGCACGCAUUGUCUGCCCUUUCUGUAGGCGGAGGAUCAUUCGCUACCAACAUGCCUUCGGGUUCCAUCGAUAAUGCCGUGUCUUCAUUCCAACAACUGUUGGAGACACUGACACAGACCAUCUCCGACCUCCUGCGCCUGCUUCCUCGGACGACCUGGGACGACAGCUCUUCAUUUGAUGGCGUGCUUCGUGACAUGCUCAAGGGUGAUGAUUUCUUAGACGACGGCGGCGAUGAUGCAGCUGGCAAAGAAGACGAAGUUGCCGCAUUGACCCUCGCCCUUGAGCGUCGAGCCCGCUGGAUGGAAGUGCAGCUGUCCAAGCUCGAGGAACUUCAUCGUGACAUCAACACAGCUGCGGUACGUGCCGUCCUUGCAUUCAAUGACAGUGGCUGGGAUCGUCACAUAUUCAUGCCUCGGGUUGGCAAUACCCUCCGUCGCUUCGACAAUAUUGGUAUGAUAGAGCAAAGUGGCAAGAUGAGGCCGAUGACAGUGGACGAGUUGGAGAAGAAGCUGCAAGUAGCCAAGGAAGCUGCCAUAUUCGCAGAGACCGAGUUCCGAGAGGCGAUGGAGAAAAUGCAAGCUGUGAAGCCCGUGGAAGUUGACUACUGAGUAGGCUAGCAGGAAAGCAUGCGGUAGUUUGGUCGUACUGAAUACACGAUGAGCAUUUGGCUUGCACGUAAAAAA